UAAAGAUGUAAAAGAAACAAAUACAACCUCAUGUUACUAUCACUUUUUAAAGAAAUGAUAUUUUAACACAAAAAAAAUGUUGUAGGCCAGUAUUUCAGAAUUGAAAGCUUCCCCUCCCAAGAAUGCCCCAUUGACAUUCUUUUACUUACACUUUUCCUAAAGACUGGGCUGCACACACCAAUGGGCCGAUAGGGCCAGCAGCACAGUACUGCAAACCGUGGUCCACACCUGCCAUCUCUCUGAUGUGGCUUGACUUAAAUAAAACUAUUCUUUACACACACAGCAAUCACUAGUUGGGAGCUUUUUCCCUCCAAAAUAUCCAUGGUCCCUCAGCUUCAAGACAAGAAACCUGCCUUCUCCAGCAGAUCCUGGCUUCUCCUCCCAAGUAUUCUCUAAAGAGGGAGCGCCAGGGCUCCUCCCGGUUCACACUAUUCAAACUGAAACCAGUGCCACCAGCUUCUGAAGGACACAGCUUAGUCAGGAUCAUUUGGAUCAUAAUUAACAGUCUAUUAUUAGAGCUGUCAUUUCAACACACAGCUGGGCAGAGCAAAGUUUGAAUGUGAUACUUUAAACAAUAGCAAUUGAGUUCUGAUGAUGAAAGAAGGAUCGUGCUGUUCUUCAUAGCAGAGGUGAUGCUACUGGUCCAGGGUCAGUGGGGCAGUUUCUGAGUUAUUCUCCCAGGACUCCAGGGACUUCUUUAUGGCACUGGUGUCCAAAGGAAAGCCAAGUUGGAAGUAAGGAUGUGGUGUUAUAUGAGAAAUCAACAAAAAGAUAGCAUCACUUUCUAUACCUUAUGUUAAUUCUCCCUCUUCACAUGCCUAUGAAAUAAGUAUUCCUAUUCUGGUUAACAGACAAGAUAACUGAGGGUCAGAAAGCUUGAUCGUUCCAUAGUCAACAAAUGUUUACUGAGUGCUGCCCAUGUGCAACAAACACUGCAUUAAAUGCAGUGACACAACCGGCAAGCAGCAAAGGGAGCAUCCAACCUCAGUCACCUCAAAUCUUUUCUAUUCCAUGCCUGCCCCUCAGGCUGAGGUCAGUGUUGCAACACAACACUACAGGACAUCAGAGCCAAAGGACCAUGCUGAGAAGGACCACAUGGUCCAUUUCUUUAAUUUGCUCUUCUGCAAGAAGUCAGUACUGACUGAUUUUUCUCAGAUUUUCUCAGACACCUGCUAUCUUCAAGGGCAAAUCAAAGUGCCACUGUCAUAUCAGUUGCAGCACUGUUCAUGCUGUACAGUCCAGAACUGAGUGCUGGUGGUUGGUCCGCCCUUACAACCCAGUGGGCCAAACCGAAACACCCCAGUGAAGCACACAUGACACCCUGGAAGAGAAACUUGGCAAAGAAGGAACAGAUUCUAAAGUUAUGACAGUUUCCAAAGCAAUGGGACCAGAAGCCAAACAGUGGGAUUUAUUUGGAAGGUCCUGCUCCUGGGACAGGGGACUGAAAUAUCCAGUUUGACUCAGGCUGCCUCAAGAGUCUGGGACCUGCCCCUCAAGCACAGACGUGUGGUUGCCUGGUAUGUGUGCCAUGCCAGAAGCUUUGAAAACAAUGUCUGCCAUCCAUUCUGGUCGCCAUCCCCACUGACCAGCCGGCCACACAGUUGCAUCAGAGAAUGAGCCAGUCACACACUGGGUUGUCUAUCUCAAGAAUGCUAAAAUCUUCAUGAAUGGGCCACCCUGUGCCUGCAAUCACCGGGAGGUGGGGCCAACAGCCAUGGGUCACGUAACCAAUGCCAAACACAAGAACCUAGGCUGGAUCAAUGGAUGAGUCAGUCGAAGGAUGUAUAUAUAAUCGGGAGCUCAGUGCUCUUCACAUCGCCAGCAUCUCCUCACUCACCCUUCCUGCUGCUUUGGGUUCCCCUUCCUCCGUAAACAAGAUGUCUCACCAGAGAAAGCAGCCCACUCCCCAGCCCCCAGUGGGCUGCGGGAAGACAUCAGGCGGCGGUGGCGGUGGCGGCGGCAGCGGUGGCUGUGGCUACCAAGGCGGCGCUGGCGGUGGCAGCGGCAGCAGCGGUGGCUGUGGCUACCAAGGCGGCGGCGGCGGUGGCGGCUUCGGGGGCUGCGGUGGUGGAGGCUCCGGUGGUGGCAGCGGCGGCAGCUCCGGAGGAAGCGUCAAGUACUCAGGAGGCGGCAGCGGCUCCUCUGGCGGCGGCGGUGGCUCCAGUUGCGGUGGUGGCUCCGGAGGGAGCGUCAACUACUAUGGCGGCGGCGGCUCCUCAGGCAGCAGCAGGUCGGAUUUCUGUGGCGGCCCCCCCUCCUCCGGCCAAGCGGUCCAGUGCCAGAGCUACGGAGGCGGCUCGGGUAGCGGCGGGGGCUCCUCGGGCGGCGGCUCCGGCUGCGGCUACUCCGGCGGUGGCAGCGGCUUUUCUGGCGGCGGUGGCAGCAGCGGCCACGGCUCCUUCCCGCAGCAGAGCGCCCAGACCGGAUGCGCGCCCCCGCAGGGCUACGGUGGGGGCCAGUCCUCCGGCGGCGGCGGCUUCAGCUGUGGCUACUCUGGCGGCUCCGGCUCCAGCUGUGGCUACUCCGGCGGCGGCUCCGGCUCCAGCUGUGGCUACUCCGGCGGCUCUGGCGGCUCUGGCGGCUCCGGCUGCGGCGGGGGCUCCUCUGGCGGCGGCGGCGGCGGCUCCUUCCCUCAGCAGAGCGCCCAGAGCGGGUGCGCGCCAACUCAGGGCCAGGGAGAGAGCAAGUCCGCCGGCGGCGGCUCUUCCGGGGGCAGCGGCUGCUUCUCCAGCUGCGGCGGCGGCGGCUCCUCCGGGGGCGGCAGCGGCUGUUUCUCCAGCGGCGGCGGCGGCGGCUCCUCUGGGGGCGGCAGCGGCUGCUUCUCCAGCGGCGGCGGCGGCGGCUCCUCUGGGGGCGGCAGCGGCUGCUUCUCCAGCGGCGGCGGCGGCGGCUCCUCUGGGGGCGGCAGCGGCUGCUUCUCCAGCGGCGGCGGCGCCUCCGGCUGCGGUGGCGGCUCCUCCGGGGGUGGCUCUGGGGGUGGCUCCGUGAGUGGCAAGAGUAUCCCUGUAUGCCACCAGACCCAGCAGAAGCAGGCGCCUACCUGGCCAUGCAAAUAAGCGCCCCAGGAUGCCCCGGAGGCCGCAGUGCUGUCCACGGGCUUAGAGCUGUCAUGAUACUGCCAGGUGUUUGCGGAUCCUUCUAUCAAAGAAGCCAUUGAGCACUCAGGCUGCACCUUGUUUUGGAGUUUUUCCUCCUUAGUUUGUAUACAACUACCUCCCUAACUCAGUGGCUCUUCAGUCAAUAAAUUCGUUCAUGACGAUCUCUGGGUCUCCAGGAGUCUUUGUAGCUUCCGAUUCAUCCCUUCCAUUCAAUGUUUCUCCUUCCCUGCACUCUCAUCCAAGCUCUCAUUCAAUAAAUGCGCCUACGCUGUGGGCGGGAGGGUGGGCCGACAGACGCAAGUGGGCAGAAGAGGAAGGAACCGCUACAAACCAAUGACCAGAGACGUGACUCUGGUUUAUGGCUUAGUCAUGAAGUUAUUCCAAAACACAAAGAUCCUGGGGAGAGACUUCAGUAAACAACCCCCAAUGGCCUGGGCAGUCAUCGUGGGUCUCCUCACUGAACUCCGUGCUACCCCGGAAAGACACUGUCUCUCAUAGCGCACAGCCCACUCUUCGAGGUCUUCUCUGGCGGCAGCCGCUGC